AUGGCGGACAGGGCAGCACGCGGGGCCUCCUCGGCUGCCGCCUCCCCUGCUGCCGCCCAGCCCUCUCCCGGUGUCCCAAAGCGGAUCCCCCCCCGGCAAGUGGCGGAAGUGAGCAAAACACAGCAUGGAAAGCACGGAGCUGCUGGUGCCCCGGAGCUGCUGGCGCCCUGGGUGGGGCAGGUGGGGCAGGAGGAUCUGGACGAGGAGACGCAGAUCCAAAGGGAUGAGGCUCUGGUUCAGGCGCUGCUGCGGGACCUGCGCGGCCUCUACAACCAGAACAACGGGUCUCACACCCUCCAGAGGAUGUGUGGCUGCGACGUGGGGCCAGACGGGAGCCUCCUCCACAGGUAGGAGCAGUUUGCCUACCACCGCGCCGAUCACAUCGCCCGGAACCUGGACCUGCGCUCCUGGACCCCCGCGGACCCGGUGGCCCAGAUCACCAGGCGCCAGUGGGAGGCGUCGGGGAGGGCGGAGCGCGUCAGGGCCAUUCUGCAGGGCAGGUGCCUGCCCUGGCUCCGCAGACUCCUGGAGAUGGGGAAGGAGGUGCUGCAGCGCACAGUUCUCCCAAACACACACAUGACCCACCACCCCACCUCUGACCAGAAUGUCACCCUGAAAUGCUGGGCCCUGGGCUUCUACCCUGAGGAGAUCACCCUGACCUGGCAGAGAGAUGGGGAGAACCUGACCCAGGACAUGAAGCUGGUGGACACCAGGCCUGGUGGAGAUGGAACCUUCCAGGAAUGGGCUGCUCUAGUGGUGCUUUCCCGAGAGGAACAGAGAUAUACGUGUCAUGUGCAGCAUGAGGGGCCGCUGGAUCCCCAAGUCCUGAGAUGGGAGCCCCCUCCUCAAUCCUCCAUCCCCUCUGGCCUGGUUCUCCUUGGACCUGUGCUCACUGGGGCUGCGGUGGCUGCAGCUGUGAUGUGGAGGAAGAAGCGCUCAGGUGGGAAAGGAGGAAGCUACACUCAGGCUACAGCUGAGUGCAGCAACAGUGUCCAGGGCUCUGAUGAGUCUCUUAGCCCCUGA